GAUAUAUUUGCCGCUGUAAAAAUGGAAAUGUCACAUCACAGCGAUGAUCAACUCUUACAGGCUGGCAGUGAUUCUUUUUGGGAGCCCGGCAACUAUAAACGUACCACUAAACGCAUUGAGGAUGGCUACAAACUUUGUAACGACUUGCAGCAAUUAAUACAGGAACGUGCCGAUAUUGAAAAAGGUUAUGCGAAAAAUUUACGCGCCUGGUCAAAAAAGUGGGCAGAGCUAAUAGAAAAAGGUCCAGAAUAUGGUACCAACGAAGCAGCAUGGAAGGGUGUGUUAACUGAAUCAGAACGUGUCUCCGAUGUGCAUAUGAAAAUAAAGGAGAAUCUUUGUAAUGAUGUGAGCACACAAAUAAAAACGUGGCAAAAAGAUAAUUACCAUCACACACUUAUGCAAAUAAAAGAACGCAAAGAUAUGGAAGAAUUAUUUAAAAAGGCGCAGAAACCAUGGGCCAAACUCUUAGCUAAAGUAGAAAAGGCUAAAUCGGAUUAUCAUGCUGCCUGUAAAACAGAAAGAAGCGCCACCAAUCAAGAACGUAAUGCUACGGCGGACAGUUCAUUGUCGCCGGAUCAGGUAAAGAAAAUGCAUGAUCGCGUACAAAAAACGAAAGAUCAAGUGCAAAAAUGUCGUGAAAAAUAUGAACAAGCCAUAUCUGAAAUUACCAAAUAUAAUUCGGUAUAUAUAGAAGAUAUGACUAAUGUAUUCGAAAAGUGCCAAGCAAUGGAGAAAACUCGUCUCACAUUCUUCAAGGAUGUGUUAUUUAAUAUACACACAUGUUUAGAUCUAACAAAGGUUCAAUGCUUACCGCAAAUAUAUGAGGAAUUCUAUCACACCAUCAACAAUGCUGAUUCACAAAAAGAUCUUAAAUGGUGGUCAAAUAAUCAUGGCGUGAAUAUGGCAAUGAACUGGCCUGCAUUUAUUGAAUAUACUGAAGAAUUCCGAGAUAUAGCGAAAGGUAGCAAAUCAAAAGAAGCUCUUCCAGCAGCACCAAUAAUGCUCAUCAAUCAACGACCUGUAGCUGAGGAUGUGCAUGAGUAUCAAACAACAAAUAGUCUCAAGAAGAAUACAUCGAACAAAUCUAGUGGAAAAACCGUUCAACAGCAACAAGAAUCAUCCACAGUUACAACAACCGUUGGAAGUAACAAAAGCGCUGGUGCAAAUGCAACGGCGGCGGCAGCUUCUAGUAAUCGUAAUUCAGGCGUAACUAAUGGUAAUGGCAAAGCCGAUCCCAAUCCAUUUGAAGAGGAAGAGGAAUGGGAUGAUACUGAUAAUGUUUUGGUUGAUAAUGGUGAACCAGGUGUGCCUGUAAAAGCUCUAUAUGACUAUGAAGGCGCUGAAAGUGAUGAACUAUCGUUUAAACAAGGUAUUGAAAAGUUAAUUAAUUGA